UAGUCGCGCCGCAGCGCUCCGCCGGACGCGCCGCACGGGCGCAGGGCGCGCACGCACCGCGGGCAGCGGACGCAGGAAGAGAAAAACCAUUCAGAAGAGACUCUUCUUCAUAGAGCAGAAAUAUGGCAACGAAGGAGAAGCUGCAGUGCUUGAAAGACUUCCACAAGGACAUCCUCAAACCUUCCCCCGGCAAGAGCCCGGGCACUCGGCCCGAGGAUGAGGCAGAGGGGAAGCCGCCCCAGCGGGAGAAGUGGGCGAGUAAGAUUGACUUUCUGCUCUCUGUGGCUGGUGGAUUUAUUGGUUUGGGCAACGUCUGGCGGUUCCCGUAUCUCUGCUACAAGAACGGCGGAGGUGCAUUUCUUAUACCUUAUUUCAUUUUCCUGUUUGGGGGAGGUCUUCCCGUGUUUUUCCUGGAGGUGGUGCUAGGACAGUAUACCUCCGAAGGUGGAAUUACAUGCUGGGAAAAGAUCUGCCCUAUUUUCACUGGAAUUGGUUAUGCUUCCAUAGUGAUUGUGUCCCUUCUGAACGUGUACUACAUCGUCAUCCUGGCUUGGGGCCUCUACUACCUGUUCCAGUCGUUCCAGAGCGUCCUGCCCUGGGCACACUGUCACCAGAAGUGGAACACGCCGACCUGUGUGGAAGACACUCUCAGGAAGAACAAAACGCUCUGGAUAUCACUGAAUGCCACUAACUUCACUUCUCCUGUCACUGAGUUUUGGGAGCGCAAUGUACUGAGUUUGUCCUCGGGAAUUGAAGAUAUUGGUAUUAUCAAGUGGGAUCUAGCCCUGUGUCUCCUCCUUGUCUGGGUGAUAUGUUUCUUCUGCAUUUGGAAAGGAGUCAAAUCCACUGGGAAAGUUGUGUACAUCACUGCCACAUUCCCAUUCCUCAUGCUCCUCGUUCUGCUCAUCCGUGGGGUGACCCUGCCUGGAGCUGCAGAAGGCAUCAAGUUUUAUCUUUAUCCUGAUAUCUCACGGUUAGCUGAUCCACAGGUCUGGAUAGAUGCAGGGACACAAAUCUUCUUCUCAUAUGCAAUCUGCUUAGGAGCAAUGACUUCCCUGGGGAGCUACAACAAGUACAAAUACAACUGCUAUAGGGACUGUUUGCUGCUGGGAUGCCUGAACAGUGGUACCAGUUUUGUGUCUGGCUUCGCAAUUUUUUCCGUCCUGGGCUUCAUGGCACAAGAGCAAGGGGUGAACAUUGCUGAUGUGGCAGAGUCAGGUCCCGGCCUGGCCUUCAUUGCCUACCCGAAAGCCGUGUCCAUGAUGCCGCUGCCCACCUUUUGGGCAAUCCUUUUCUUUAUUAUGCUUCUGUUGCUUGGACUGGAUAGCCAGUUUGUUGAAGUUGAAGGACAGAUCACGUCAUUAGUUGAUCUGCACCCAUCCUUCCUAAGGAAGGGUUACCGACGGGAAAUCUUCAUCGCUGUAGUAUGUUUCCUUAGCUAUCUUCUGGGACUAACUAUGGUGACUGAGGGUGGCAUGUAUGUUUUUCAACUCUUUGACUACUAUGCAGCUAGUGGUGUAUGCCUUUUGUGGGUUGCAUUCUUUGAAUGUAUUGCUGUAGCCUGGGUUUAUGGCGCUGAUAAUAUUUAUGAUGCCAUUGAGGAUAUGAUUGGAUACAGACCUGGUCCUUGGAUGAAAUGGAGCUGGAUCGUGAUCACACCAGUUCUCUGUGUGGGGUGCUUUAUCUUUUCUUUGGCCAAGUACAAACCGCUGACCUACAACAAGGUCUACACAUACCCAGAUUGGGCAAUUGGCCUGGGCUGGGUUCUUGCCCUUUCCUCCAUGAUCUGCAUCCCUAUGGUGAUGGUCAUCCGCAUCAUACAGUCAGAUGGGUCACUCAUUGAGAGGAUAAAAGCAGUGGCUGCCCCCAAGGAAGUGAAUCGGUGGUCCAAAGAGACGGAGAGCGGCACCCCCUUCUGCCCCAACGGGACGUCGAACGGCGGAUUGAUCAAGCCAACUCAUAUCAUUGUGGAAACCAUGAUGUGAGCUCUCUCUGUGAGAGGAUAAACCUGCUUUAACUGCCGUUUACUAACCAUAGAUUCUCAUAGGACCAGGUUUACAGAGCUUUAUAUUUGCACUAGGAUUUAUUUUUAUUUCUCACAGAGAAAGUUAUUUUUUGUGUGUGUUUUUUUUUAAUAUUUUGUAAGGUAAUCACAGCAGAUGUCUCUCUGUAGAGGGAGAGCUUUCAUAUCAGACUAGACAUAUUACAGGAAUUUACUAUUAUUGGGUUUUUUUAAAUAUAUAUAUCUUUAUCUCUAAGUACUAUACACCUUACCACUUGAAUUGAUUGUCUUGCCAGCAAUAUAUUCAAGUUUCAGAAAGCAAUUUUAGGUGCUGGUAUGGUUGGGAGCAGGGUAACCUACAGAACACACAGAAGGAGCUCUGUUGAGAGACUGAGGAAAAAAAAGAAUACCGUUUCUAGAGAAUUUUCAAAGGUGUAGUAUUUCCACCCUCUGGUUCAACUGUGGUAAACGACAGACUUCAGGGUCCCAUCGGGAAAAGGGUACAGUUCUGUUUCCAUCGUUUCACAUAUGUUUUGCAUAGUCCCUGAAAAAAGAUACAGCUGGAGCAGAAAGGCUGAGGAGGAGGCAGGGAACGUGGGUGUGGAAAGGCUUGCAGCCAUCCCGUCUGAGCACGGUGUUGGGACCCCAUCAUCACCCACCCCAGAGCAGGAGUUUAGGAAGGCGUUUGCUGCAUUUGGCAUGGUUCACUUUUUCCUUUUUUUUUUCAUUUUUUACUUAGGUGAAAUGCCUGCUGUUUGUGCAUGAGUAAGGAGGUUGAGGAGCUGCUCCUUAGUUUCCACCACGGCGUUUUUAGCUGAGGUAUCGCUGGUGUAAACUUGAAUUCUGCAAAGAGUGACUCACAGGCUGCUCCGGCGGCAGCGCUGGCGAAAAGCAGCACCUGUGGCCAAACGUUUGCUUGGUCUUUGGUUUGCUUGUUAAGGAUUGGACUUUGGUUUUCAGAAAAAAAAAAGGAAAGAAAGUCUCGUACAGACUCUGACCGUUCAAAGGUGAACACGAACCAGAUCAUUCCUGACAGGAAGAGCAAAGCCACUCACCUAAGCCCCACAUAACAUGUAUUUGUAACAAACACAUCAGUAAUAAUAGCAGUAAUGAAAAUAAUAAGUCAGCAAACAGAUGCUUUUCAUCUGUGUAUCUCAGAAAUACUUUACCAAGUACGGUAACCUGGAUUUGCUUUAUUUAUUUGCUUGGAUGUUCUGGUUGGGGAAAUGUAAGGACUAAGUACCCUGUCCCGUGUCACUAAAAACUAGCAGUGGAUCUGCAUGCAGAUUGCCCAGUCUCCUCACCUGUCUUGGGUUAGACUGUGAUCAUUUGGGCUUGGGGAGAAGGGGUUUAUGUAUUUCUGAGGCCUGUGCAUAGGCCUCACGAGAAGAAGAACUAGAGCUUAAGGCAUUUUGAAGCAAAGGAAACACAGAACAUUGAAAGAUCCUUUUACUGGGUCACAAAGAGCAGUGUACUGUUCAGGUUAGCCUAAGGAGUAACCACUACAGGGAUUGUGGAA